UAUACAUUAUUUUAAGGAAGUGACAACUUAAUACAAUCUCAUCUGUUAUUCUUCGUGAUUGUUUGACUUGCAUGUUCUUGUUCUCACCUUUUGUCCCAAAAUUCAGAACUUGGUGUUCCUUCCUAGCCAAGUUUUUUGAAUGCUUAAGUUUUCUUCGUGUCAGCAGCAGCAUAAAAUUUACUUGUGAUUUCGUUGAUUGCCGGAGCUGCUAGCCCGUCUUCGAUUUGCAGAUACAGUUCGAGAGAUCGAUAUGGUGGCGAAACCAGUGCUCCUGCAUGGAGUACUGCAUGCAACUAUCUACGAGGUUGACAGGCUCAUGCCUGGUGGUUGCUGCAUUUUCUUCUGCAAGUUUCUUGGAGAGUCAGUAGGGCUACGGAAAGGUUCCAGACUCUAUGCAACAAUUGAUUUGGAAAAUGUAAGAGUUGGACGAACCAGACUGCUUGAAAACUCAACGAAAAAUCCCCAGUGGCGUGAAUCUUUUCAUAUUUACUGUGCACACAUGACUUCAAAUGUUGUUUUCUCCAUCAAAGAAGACAAAGCUUUUGGGGCCAAAGUUAUCGGAAGGGCUUACAUGCCGGCAGCAGAACUCCUCAAUGGCAAAGAAGUAGACAGAUGGCUUACGAUCAUGUAUCACAACAACAAACCUCUGCAUUCAAAAAUUCAUGUGAAGUUGCAGUUCUUUAACGUAAACCAGGAUUUGAAUUGGUCUUGUGGAAUAAGAAGUCCUGAAUUCCAAGGAGUUCCAUACACAUUUUUCACUCAGAGAAAUGGUUGCAGAGUUACCCUUUACCAAAAUGCUCAUGUCCCCAGAAAUUUCACACCGAAAAUCCCUCUUGCCGGUUCCAUGUAUUAUGACCAGCACCGAUGCUGGGAAGACAUUUUUCAUGCCAUUUCUAAUGCAAAAAACUUGAUAUACAUAGCAGGUUGGUCUGUAUAUACUAAAAUCACAUUAGUAAGGGACCCGAACAGUCAAAUCCUGGGAGGCGAUUUGACCCUCGGAGAGCUUCUUAAGAAGAAGGCAGAUGAAGGAGUGAAAGUCCUAAUGCUUGUGUGGGAUGAUAGAACUUCAGUGAAGUUGCUGAAGAGAGAUGGAGUGAUGGCUACUCACGAUGAAGACACUGAAAGUUACUUCCACAACACGGCAGUUCACUGCGUGUUGUGUCCCCGAAACCCUGACAACGGGAAUAGCAUUGUUGAGGAUUUAGAGGUUUCCACCAUGUUUACGCAUCACCAGAAGAUUGUUGUGGUGGACAAUGAAUUGCCUAAUGGAGAAGGGUUGGAAAAGAGGAGGAUUGUGAGCUUCAUUGGUGGCAUUGAUCUUUGUGAUGGGAGAUAUGACACUCCUUCACAUCCAAUUUUCAGGACUUUAGACACAACCCACAAGAAUGAUUUUCAUCAGCCUAAUUUUGAGGGAGCGUCGAUUGCAAAAGGCGGUCCAAGGGAGCCUUGGCACGACAUACAUUGUCGGUUGGAAGGGCCUAUUGCAUGGGACGUCUUGUUCAAUUUCGAGCAAAGAUGGAGGAAGCAAGGAGGGAAGGACUUGCUUGUUGAACUCACAGAGCUUGAUGACACAUUUAUGCCGCCAUCUCCAGUUAUGCUCCCUCAAGACCAUGAGACGUGGACUGUUCAGUUGUUUCGCUCCAUCGAUGGAGGAGCUGCAUUCGGAUUCCCUGACUCCCCUGAAGAUGCCGCCAGGGCAGGCCUUGUCACCGGGAAAGAUCACGUGAUUGAUCGAAGCAUUCAGGAUGCUUAUAUCAAUGCCAUUCGGCGCGCAAAGAGUUUUAUCUACAUUGAAAAUCAGUACUUUCUUGGAAGCUCUUUCGGAUGGCAUUCAGAUUAUGAUACCCUAAAAGUAGAGGAGGUUGGUGCUUUGCAUCUGAUCCCAAAGGAACUGUCACUCAAGAUUGUUAGUAAGAUUGAAGCUGGAGAAAGAUUUACAGUCUACAUUGUGAUGCCAAUGUGGCCAGAGGGCAUCCCGGAAAGCCAAACGGUUCAGGCAAUAUUGCAUUGGCAGAGGAUGACGAUGGACAUGAUGUAUAGGGACAUCGUUCAAGCUCUCAAAGCCAAGGGGAUUGAGGCAAACCCUAAGGACUAUUUGGCUUUCUUUUGCCUUGGUAACCGCGAGAAGAAGCUACCCGGAGAAUAUGAACCUCCGGAAAAACCAGAACCUGGUUCGGAUUACAGUCGAGCGCAGCAAGCAAGGCGGUUUAUGAUCUAUGUUCAUGCCAAGAUGAUGAUAGUUGAUGAUGAGUACAUAAUCAUUGGAUCAGCCAACAUCAACCAGAGAUCAAUGGAUGGAGCCAGGGAUUCGGAGAUUGCGAUGGGAGCCUACCAACCCUACCAUCUAUCCACUGGAAAGCCGGCCCGGGGACAAAUUCAUGGCCUCAGAAUGUCGUUGUGGUAUGAACACUUAGGGCUGCUUGAUGACACCUUUCUUGAACCAGAAAGUGUGGAAUGCUUUAGAAAGGUGAACCAAAUUGCAGAACAGCAUUGGGACCUUUAUUCAUGUGACACAUUAGAUGGUGACUUGCCAGGGCAUUUGCUUAGCUACCCCAUUGCAGUUACUGAAGACGGAGAGGUCACGGAGUUGCCUGGAACAGAAUUUUUUCCGGACACCAAGGCUCGAAUUCUCGGGUCGAAAUCUGAUUUGCUUCCUUCAAUACUCACUACUUAGUAAUAAUCUAAGGUUUCUUCUCACUUUUUUUAUGCGAGAUGCAGUGUAUAUGUGUUAAUAUAAUAAGCAAUUCUUGUAUAGUUAUGACAAGAAUUCUCUUAGAUCGGAUAAUUUGCUAUAUUUUUUAUUAUUUUGUGUAAUUAAAUUUGUCU